GACGCGCGAGCGGUCGAUGCGCGCGCCCGCGGACGCGGCGAUCGAUUGGCGCGCGCCGUCCGCGGGCGCGCUCGCGUGCCUGCUCGCGGUGGCGAUCACGAACUUUGGCGUCGGUGGCGCGCUGUUCGGAGGACGAGGAUGGCGCGCGUGGCAACCGUUCGCGCGAGGACGAUCGUGGAGGUUCACGCUGGCGCAAGCGAUCGGAUGGACGCUGGCGAGCGCGUCGCUGGCGUGCGUGAUGGCGUGCGGGACGCUGGUGUGGCGAGACGCGAGGGACGCGAGGGACGACGGGACGCGCGAGCGGCGACUGGCGGUGGCGGCGCUGAGUUGGACGAGCCUGGGACUGAGCGUCGCGAGCGAGGCGGCGGUGGCGGCGUCGCUGGCGUUCUUCGACGUCCAGGACGAGGGCGAGGCGGGGCGAGGCGCGGCGAGGGGAAGGGAAGGUUUGGAUUUUAGAGACGUCGCGCGCGUCGCGACGCUGUUGUCCAUCGCGCACGUGUUGCACGCGCCGCACGCGGUGAUUUUCGCGACGCUGGCGACGGUGUACGCGCUCGGGUCGUCGGGAGCGCUGGCGUCCAUCGUUGUUCUGUACGCGAGCACGUAUUUCUUGCAGCGCGAUCUCGAGCGCGGGCGCCGGAAGUGGGACGCGUUUCGAGCGUGGUCGUCGCGAUGGAUAGAGGGCGCGGCGAAGGCGUGGCACGGGAGCGUGCGCAUGAUUCACGACGGCGCGCACGGCGCGGGCUCGACGCCUCUCGUCUUUGCCUAUCACCCGCACUCGCUCAUUCCGGCGGGCGCCGUGUGGUUUCACUUUUUACCUCAGUUUGGUCGUCGCUUUGAAAACGUCAAGCCCGUGACGUUGGCCGCGAGCGUUCUUUUCAAGCCGCCGUUCGUGCGAGAGCUCGCCGCGUGGUUGGGCGUGCGCAGCGUGUCGCAAGAAAUAUUUCGUUCGACGCUUCGUCACGAGCGCGCGGUCGUCGUGUGUCCGGGCGGUCAGGGCGAGAUGUGCGAGCACGUCGGCGGAUUGAAGGAGGAGACCAUCACGCUCUGCACGAAACAUCGCGGGUUCGUUCGACUCGCCAUCGAAGAAAAAGCGCGUCUCGUGCCCGUCGUGUGUUUCGGCGAGAGUAGCAGCUGGCGCAAUCUCUUGCGGCACCCCGGUCGAUAUUUGUACAGACGCUUUCGCGUCGCGACGCCGCUUUUAGCGGUGGGCUACCUCGGCAUUCUCCCGAUUCCGGCCCGAGUGCCGCUCACGUUCGUCGUCGGCGACCCGAUGUCGCUUCCCGAGCCCGAUGACGCGGGACGAGCGAGGGAGAGCGACGUUGAGAUCGCUCACGCGGCGUAUUACCGCGAGGUGGCGCGCUUGUUCGCAAAGCACAAGGGCGCGAGCGGAUUUCCGAAUUUAAACUUGAAAUUGCUGCACGAGUGACGCGACGCGUCGAAUCGAGCGCCCCCGUUUCACCGGCAAUC